CUGUAUCUCUAAAAACUAAAGAGAAUUUCCAAUGGAGAGCCUACUUUCAUGGCCCCUCAGAUUCCCUUUCUCUCUCUUCCAACUCUACACGGCCCCUCCUCCUACUCGCAAUAAUAUAAUUUAAUUCUCAAUCCCUAAAAGACUCAAUUAAAUCCUGUCUUCCAAAUCACCACGCCAUAUAUUUAAUAUCAUCUAACCAAGCCACCAUCAUGUCCACUUCUUCUCUCUCUAUAAAUCCUGCUCUCUCUCCUUUAUUCUCAGCAUCUGCUUCUUCUUGUUCCUCAUCUUAUAAAGUUUCUGGCUUUUAUAGAGAAACAAAACCCAUAAGUAUAAUUUGUGGUAAAGCUCGAUCUUUGGAGUGCAAUCUGCUUAAAAGUAGUAGAAGGUUGAGAAUAUUUAAAUCUAGACAAAGACUCUUUAUUGCAGCUACCAAUAGAGACAAGAUGACUCUUACAGAGUACAGAGAAGAGGAAGAAGAAGAGAACCCUCCUCCUUUGCUUGAAUCUGAGAUGAAUUCUAGACCUAGGAGGAUUGCUCUCUUUGUUGAGCCUUCUCCCUUCGCUUAUGUCUCCGGAUAUAAGAACAGGUUCCAGAAUUUCAUUAAAUAUCUACGUGAAAUGGGGGAUGAGGUGAUGGUUGUGACAACACAUGAAGGAGUGCCGGAUGAAUUUUAUGGAGCAAAAUUGAUCGGCUCGCGCAGCUUCCCGUGUCCCUGGUACCAAAAGGUACCCCUAUCUCUGGCCCUCAGCCCAAGAAUAAUCUCAGCAGUUGCCGAAUUCAAGCCUGACAUUAUACAUGCAUCAUCUCCUGGUAUUAUGGUCUUUGGUGCUCUCAUUAUUGCAAAAUUACUGUCUGUGCCAAUAGUGAUGUCAUAUCACACCCAUGUUCCUGUAUACAUACCGAGAUACACCUUCAGUUGGCUGGUCCAACCGAUGUGGAUGGUUAUAAAAUUUCUUCAUCGAGCUGCUGAUCUUACACUAGUGCCUUCUGCUGCCAUUGGGAAGGAUCUUGAAGCUGCUAGGGUGACAGCAGCUAACAGGAUACGUCUAUGGAAUAAGGGUGUUGAUUCUGAAAGCUUCCAUCCCCAUUUUAGAUCCCAUGAAAUGCGAGUAAGAUUAAGCAAUGGAGAACCCGACAGACCAUUGAUAGUCCACGUAGGGCGGCUUGGAGUUGAGAAGAGCUUGGAAUUCCUCAAAAGUGUCAUGGAUAGGCUUCCAGAAGCUCGGAUUGCUUUUAUUGGGGAUGGUCCGUAUAGAGAGGAACUGGAGAGGAUGUUCUCUGGCAUGCCUGCAGUAUUCACAGGAAUGUUACAAGGAGAGGAGCUAUCACAGGCAUAUGCUAGCGGAGAUGUUUUUGUUAUGCCUUCAGAAUCCGAGACACUUGGACUUGUCGUUUUGGAGGCCAUGUCAUCAGGACUUCCCGUGGUGGCCGCUCGUGCUGGAGGAAUCCCUGAUAUCAUUCCUGAAGAACAGCAGGGUAAAACUGGUUAUUUGUUCAUUCCUGGAGACCUCGACGACUGCUUGAACAAACUGAAACCCCUUUUGCACGAUCAAGAACUUCGAGAAACUAUUGGGAAAGCAGCACGUGUUGAAAUGGAGAAGUAUGAUUGGAGGGCAGCCACACGGAAGAUACGUAACGAACAAUAUAAUGCUGCGAUUUGGUUCUGGCGUAAGAAGAGAGCCCAGUUCUUACGGCCAUUCCAGUGGUUUUUUAAGCGCAUGUUCCAGCCUCAGGCCCGUGCAAUUGAAUUAUAAGUGAUUCAUUCUAUUUGCUGGAUAGUGAAAAUCAUAUAAUUGGAUUGUCUGAAAAACAGGUAUCUGGAUUGUACCAUAUUUGACCUUGAAGAAUGGUCGGCCAUUGUCUUAUUGAUACAUUGGAUUGAUUUAGAUGUAAUUUCAGAGUGUAAUUUAACGGGGAAAAAAAAGAUUAAAAAAAAAAGAAAAAGUUGCUAGCUUGGUUGUGCUGUUUCUUCUAUAUACUUGAAUUGUUCUGCCUUUUGUACUUGGUGAAAUCAACUUAUAUAUAAAGUUUCUUUGUAAAGAGGUCUGAUUCUUCAUUUA